GCGGCGUUUUCCCGCGAACCCCCACGUCGUGAGGUAAACGCGCUAUUACGUGACCCGCAGUGAAAGCCCGGCCGCCGCGACCAGCGCACGCGAUGACCAACUAGACAGCAACUGUAACUGCUUCCCUUUAUUCUUGAGUUAAUUAAGAGGAAGCUAAAUAUCAUCCCCUGCGAUGGCCGCUGUCGCAGAUAUCAAGAUGGACGACACCAAGAGCGAAACUAACGGCAACGAUGUGCACACACCCAACCUGAACGUUCAAGAGUUGCCAGAACUGCGCGCUGGUGAGGCUGAAGGCAUAGCCGACUACUAUGACGGCGCUGUGCUACUGGUUACUGGUGGUACGGGCUUUCUUGGCAAGGCGCUCCUGGAGAAACUCCUGCGCUCCUGCCCCGGAAUCAAUACCAUCUAUCUGUUACUGCGACCCAAGAGAGGACUCACGGUCGAGCAGCGGUACAAGGAACUCCUCAAGAAUCAGGCCUUCGACCGCAUCCGUACCCGCUGGCCGGAGCGGCUGAGCAAGCUCUCUCCGAUCGCUGGCGAUGUCUCCGCUCCAGGACUCGGGGUUGGCCUUGAGCAGAAGGCACUGUUAGCUGAAGUCACAGUGUUGUUCCAUUCUGCGGCGACUGUCAGGUUCACGGAGCCGCUACAUGCAGCGACGGCACUGAACGUUCAAGGCACUGCAUCGCUGCUCACGCUGGCUCAAGACAUGCCCAAGCUCAAGGCGCUGGUGCACGUAUCAACAGCCUACAGCAAUGCACCGCAGCCGAGCAUCGAUGAGCGCGUUUAUCCUCCACCAUACGAUCCUGAUUCCAUAGUGAGGUGUGCCAAAAUGCUGCCUCAGCACACUGUGAACGUACUGGCACAGACACUACAGGGUGAACAUCCUAACACGUAUACACUGACGAAGGCGCUGGCUGAGUCCAUCGUUCACAGUCAUCAGGAGUUACCCGUUUGCAUCGUGCGACCUUCCAUCGUGACGGCAGCGCUGCAGGAGCCUUUCCCGGGCUGGAUAGACAAUAUCUACGGCGUCACUGGAAUCGUAAUGGAAAUCUCCCGCGGCACGUACCGAUCUGGCUUCUGCCGGGAGCGAUACGUGGUUGAUCUUGUGCCGGUUGACCUGGUGGUCAACGCCUGCAUAUUGGCUGCCUGGAGACAGGGCACCAACAAGGCGGGACGCUGUCCAGUAUACAACGUGACGUCAGGCUCCGUCAGCCCGCUGCAGUGGGGCGCAUUCACCCGGCUCUGUGUCAAAUGGGCGAGAGAGAACCCCACCAAAUAUGUGAUGUGGUACCCCAAUUUCUCAUUCACGGAGUCCCGUUUUCUGAAUACCUUCUGGGAAGUGACCUGUCACCUGCUGCCUGCGUUCCUCUACGAUGUGUUAUUGCGCGCGCAGGGACGGAAGGCUAUAAUGAUGAAGCUAGCCCGCCGCUUCCAAAUGGCCGCAGCCACUGGCGAGUACUUCGCUAACCACGAAUGGCAGUUCGGCAUCGAACAACUAACCGCUUUGCAUCGCGACGCUAGCGCCGCGGCGGACGGAGACAACUUUCCUCACUGGCCUGAGAUAGACUGGGACCAGUAUAUCGCCACUUAUAUGAUGGGGAUUAGAAAGUUUAUAUUGAAGGAUAGUGCUGAUUCACUCGCACACGCCAGGACCAAGCUAAACAGGCUGUACUGGGUUUACAAGAUACUACAAGCAGCUACCGGAUAUUACUUCUUCAGGUCUCUGGCGGGGCGAUUGCGGUAG